CAAAAGUCCAAGAUUAUUCAGAAAUAUUAGGAGUUACUCGUCAUUAAUGAUAACGAGAGAUGUCGUAUAAGAGUUUACUAGUCAACUAGUUUGUUGUGAUAAUUGCACGGGGCAUCCCGUGAUGUUGCACAGUUGUACUUCUUUGUUCGUGGAAAUUGUGAAUUCUGUGCUUGUAUUCUUAGUCACUGAUGAGUUUGGACAUCCCCGCCAUGAAACGUUUGGUAAUAUAUUUUAUAGAGAGAGGGGGAACAUCCAAGGAAGAUGGUGCUGUAAGUUCGUUCAUUUGCUUUGUUGCAACAGUGGUUUCAGUUGCUUGAUGGUCUUUAUGUAUUGUGUAUCGUGUGUUGUUUUUUAGUUAUGUUCCUAUUUUAAUUGUAUAAAGAGACAUCUUAUCAAUAUAUCAUGCAGAAUAGUUAUAUUAAUGAACCCAAUGAUGAUUCAACAGUCACAGUGUCUCAUCAAUAUAGACAGAAAGCACAAAAUAAUGACAAACCUACUGAAAGCACCUGUUUAACACCUAAUAGUAAUCAGACGUAUUUUGCUGAUGAAAAAGUUCACAUACCAGAAACAAAAAAUGGUUUAUUUAGUUUUAGAAAAUUAUGGGCUUUUACAGGACCUGGAUUUUUAAUGUCUAUAGCUUAUUUAGAUCCUGGAAAUAUUGAAUCUGAUUUGCAAUCUGGUGUAGCUGCUAAAUAUAAGUUAUUAUGGGUAUUAUUAAGUGCAACCAUUCUUGGCCUUAUUAUGCAAAGAUUAAGUGCAAGGCUCGGUGUAGUAACUGGUUUGCAUUUAGCAGAAAUGUGUUAUAGACAAUAUAAAAAAAUACCUAGAAUGAUUUUAUGGAUAAUGAUAGAAGUAGCCAUAAUAGGUAGUGAUAUGCAAGAAGUAAUAGGAACAGCCAUUGCUUUGUCUUUAUUAACAAAUAAAGCAAUUCCUACAUGGGGUGGUGUACUUAUUACAGUAAUUGACACUUUUGUGUUUUUAUUAUUGGACAAAUAUGGCUUAAGGAAAUUAGAACUCUUCUUUGGAUUUCUUAUUACAGUAAUGGCUGUCACAUUUGGAUAUGAGUAUGUUGUUUCUUCUCCACCUCAAGGUGAAGUGAUAAGUGGAAUGUUUAUACCAUGGUAUAAAGAUUAUGACAGAAAUAUGUUAUUACAAGCUGUAGGAAUUGUUGGUGCAGUUAUAAUGCCACAUAACUUAUAUCUUCACAGUGCUCUUGUUAAAUCAAGAGACAUUGAUCGUAGAGAAUCUACAAAAGUGAAAGAAGCAAAUAUGUAUUACUUCAUUGAAGCAUGCAUUGCACUUUUGGUAUCUUUUAUAAUUAACGUAUUUGUUGUUGCGGUAUUUGCGGAUGGUCUUUAUCAAAAAACUAGUUUACAAGUUUACAAUAUUUGUGAGAGUCACAAUUAUACCAUGGGAAUGGUCACAUUCGAAAAAGAAAAUACUACCGUUACAGUCGACCUUAAUAAAGGUGGUAUAUUCCUUGGUUGCGCCUUUGGUGCGGCAGCAAUGUAUAUUUGGGCUAUUGGUAUUUUUGCUGCUGGUCAGUCUUCCACAAUGACAGGAACAUAUGCAGGACAAUUUGCAAUGGAAGGUUUUUUAAAUCUUCAGUGGGCUCGUUGGAAACGAGUUCUCUUUACACGGUCAAUUGCUAUUAUUCCAACCUUCCUUGUUGCAUUUUACAGUGAUAUAAAUAAUUUAACUCGAAUGAACGAUGUUUUAAACGCUAUUAUGACACUUCAAUUACCUUUUGCAACUUUACCAACAAUAGCAUUUACUAGUAGCUCUCAAGUUAUGGGUGAAUUCCGAAAUGGAAUAACUAAUAAAAUUGUUGCAACUGCAUUAUCCGUUGUUGUAAUAGCUAUAAAUAUAUAUUUUGUUAUAAAUACAGUGGAAACUGAUUUACCACAUCAUUGGGCGAUAAUACUAGCAAUUUCUAUAUAUUCUAUUUUAUAUCUCCUAUUUUGCUUUUAUCUGACAAUUCAUAUGGCUGUGAGUAUGGGUGCAACUUCCGUUGGUGACCAUUGGUUUGUAAAAAAAUACAUUGGAAGUCCUGUAAGUACAACACUUGGAUUAUCAAACCCUGCAAUAUAUGCAAGGUCUAAUCCGGCAUUUAAUAUCCAAGAAAAUUGGUCUGGUAGUUUUACCACAAUACCAGAAUAUUGAUAACGUAGAUGGGAAAAAAAUAUGGCAAAUAUUAUUCAAUACUCAUAAUUAGCAUUCUGCUAGAUUUUAAGGCUGUACAAAAUUAAAUAUGACAAAGUUUACAAAAAAUUA